AUGGCCGAACGACCAGUAAAACCCGCCACACCGACUGCCGAAAAGGAAAUUGUGUUCCUUAAAGUCCCUUCUCAAGGGGACGCUGCGAUUGGAGUCCUUAAGGGACGCCUUGAUCAAGCUGUUUCGCGAACCUUUCAGCGGCAAGGGUUCAAGUAUCCUUAUCUACUAACCCUAUUUUACGCGGAGAAGGUAAGGAUACGUUGCCACCACAGACCACAUCAAUGUGCAUCUUUUCUUUCACUUGCUCCUGUGAAGCAGGUUAUAUUGGUCGCACGAGUCGGCGUUUAUCCAAGAGAAUACGGGAACAACUCCCGGCAUGGCUGGCAAAAGACGAAAUUUGAAACAUAAGCUGCGCCAUUCUUGCGCAUGCUGUCGAUCUCGAACACAAUGUAGACCGCAAUAAAGCGUUUCGUGUGACCUAUAAGGUCCCAGGCUUAAUGAAUUCCAGAGGCUGCAGCAACCUGUGUCAAGAUUAACAAAAAACUCGUCUCCCCUUGCAGACACAUUAUCGCAGUUGUUUAUUACAGUCUACUUGCUGCUCUGGCCUUAACUUUAUUGUCGUAGGCGGAAUCCAAAAGACGCCAUCCAUGCUUCUCACACUUACGUCAAAUGUAUUAUGCGGUACAGGGAAGAACACCUAGUAAUACGUUGGGACUGAUUUUUUAUCAUGUGGAUCUGUGGAAUGAAUCGCUUAGCAAAUGCCGUCUCGGCAGUCAGCAUGCUAAUUGACAUUUUUCGAAUUUUUUAUUUUAUUGUAGGCCGGACGCGCAAAGUAAACCAGACAGAAUUGAAUUUACGAAUGAGGAACUGGUCCCUAAGUUUAUUUCCUUGAGGUGUUGUCUAAGCAGAAGCACACAUCCUUAAUCUCGCUGAGGUCAACCAACCCGACCUCGACUACUUAAGUUUUCGUAAUUUUCGCAAAUUCAUUUGAUCUGCGGUACCAAUGACUGCAGACGUCUAAGUCCUGUCUUAUAUUUGCACGGUAAUGUAGUGUCCUUACUCCCAGCGCUUGACCCAACACUAUGCCUCUCGCAAAUGUCUGCAUGUGUGGUCCGUGCCUGUAUGGCAUUCGUCCACCGGCUUUCUAACUGACCAAUCAGACUCAAAACCUUGCCCGGACUUGCCUGCCUUAAGACGCUUUGACGCAUACCCUGACACAGACUAGGGACACCACUCACGAGACGCUGGGCGUUGCUCCAUCAGACUGCUCUCCAAAUCAUUUUCUAGUUUUUUUGCACAGAUUAGCAAUCCUCCCAACUGGUCUCCAUCUAGUCGUUCGAUUCGGGGUCGGACCUGAACCUCCUGCAAAUAAUCUGCUCUUUUUACUUAUGUUGUUAAUUUUAUCGAAACUCUUUUUGAAGCUUCACGGUGGAUUUUUCUAACAAAAGUGUUUAGGCAACCUGCACUAUUGUCAGAAGUGAAUGAUUUCGCACAUUUCAGUAGGCUCCAUGGUUGCUUUGCAUGCCUUUUUAAAAAGACCGCUGUGACUUGCGGUGUCGGAUGGGUGUGGUUGGUGUGAAUUCGACGUUGAACGCAGGUUUUCGGGCCUCUACAGACAAACCGCAAAUAUUCCUUCACCCUCAAUUUCAAGAGCAUUGCGGACCUGUGCAGGAUUUAAGCGAUCGGCUUUAAGUAGGAGAUCAGAGGAUAUGGAAUAUUGACAUAUUGUCUGAUGAAUGUACAAACCAAUUCAAUUGAAAUGCCAAAAGCGAAUAACCGGUCAUCUGAAAAAACACAACUGAUGUAAUAAAAACAUAAAUUAGAACGGCGGAAUUGAUUGAAGUCAACUUGCAAAAUUUUGCCGGCGUUGAUAUGACGUCAAAGACUGACAACGGGGAAAAUUCAAAUUACAAUCAAGGCUCUAAACACGUCAAAUAGAAUGAGCAACGUGCAAGCUGUCAGUUUAAUCCCAUCUCGGUCAUGCGCUCCGUUCCGUUUUUUAUGCGUAUAAUGGAAUCCAUAAAUUCUUUCCGAGUAAAUCGAAGGCCUUCAAAAGAUUUUAAAAAUAAUUACUAAAGCUGCCACCAGAUUCCUACCAGUGUCGCUCAUAUUUCAUAUUUGUAUCGACAUAUUGGAUUAUACCAUUGGUAGUCAUUGUAAAAAUCAUGAAGAUGAGCUCGGGUUGGUUGACCUCAGCGAGAUUAAGGAUGUGUGCUUCUGCUUCGACAACACCUCAAGGAAAUAAACUUAGGGACCAGUUCCUCAUUCGUAAAUUCAAUUCUGUCUGGUUUACUUUGCGCGUCCGGCCUACAAUAAAUUUAGGAAUUCGAAAAAUCUCAAACAGCAUGCUGACUGCCGAGACGGCAUUUGCUAAGCGAUUCAUUCCACAGAUCCACAUGAUAAAAAAUCAGUCCCAACGUAUUACUAGGUGUUCUUCCCUGUACCGCAUAAUACAUUUGACGUAAGUGUGAGAAGCAUAGAUGGCGUCUUUUGGAUUCCGCCUACGACAAUAAAGUUAAGGCCAGAGCAGCAAGUAGACUGUAAUAAACAACUGCGAUAAUGUGUCUGCAAGGGGAGACGAGUUUUUGUUAAUCUUGACACAGGUUGCUGCAGCCUCUGGAAUUUAUUUAACCUGAUAAAGUUGGCUGACUGUCAAAGCAGGAUUUUCUAAUCCACCCAGAAUCUACCCGAGAUAUGCAUCGAUCAAUUAUUAUUUGCGCGCUGGCGAGAGAUCUGAAUAAUAUAUUUGACACGCAUGUUGAAUUAUAUGCUGCUGCUGCUGCUUUCCUUGGAUUGGGAUUUUCGAGGGCAAGCGCAAAUUUUUUGCACAUUCAAAGCACUUACAUGGCUGGCUUUGGUGUGAAGUCAACUCUGAAAUGCAUAAUAUGCACGCAAAUGCAGCUGCAGCAUUCAGAAACCGCCAACUAUCCCGAUGUGUGUUUAAUGUCCGUUCGGGGUAUUCCAAAAUAUCUGUAUAAUUUUUGCUAUCUUAGCCGAUAUUUCGGAAAUCCUAUUGACUGCGACAGGAUGGCUUAGUUACCUUGCAGCGGAUUUCUAUAUUAAUUUUGUUUCCUCAAUAUACAGUCUUUUGAACAGACGUUUUUCGUCCGUCUCUAAAUUAACCGCUUAGAUAACGUGACGUUUUUCUUUUUAUUUUCGAUAUAACUAUUAACUCAAAGCAUAUCUCAUAGAAAACAUCCAAGAUUAUAUUUAUUUUUUACUCCUUUGUCAGGAAAUCAGAUCGUCUUUAAAUUUUAUACCUGAAGGAAUCGUGCAAUUCGGUUUUAUGAAGGUUUCUAUUUAGCAGACAUCUAAGGGCAGUCGAACGUCCGUUCGUAAAACCCCAUGUCACUACAUUUACUAAUUUUGCUUGUAAAGUUUAAAAUAUUGUUCAAAUUCGCUGAUAGAUUACAUGAACUGCACAUGGUCUCCUCUCAGUACAGCAAAGAAAUGUAUUGUUAUCCGUACACGAAAAAUAUACAACUUGCACUUCUGAAGUCAUGAUUGCGAGCGUAACUGCAGGUCGGAUUUAAACUUAUUCGAGACGUGGAAACGUUUUAUGACUGAAUUAUUCUCUUCGAUAAAGUAUACUAUAGAGCUAGGCGUAAUUUCCUACGAAAGGAAUAAAAGAAUGAGCACAUGUAGAGACGCAGGCGCUCUGUCUUCCGUGACCAACGCCGACCAAACCUCCUGAUGGCUGUGGUGCGGGCAAAACGUACUCGACGUACAAAAAUUUUUCACAGCCUAUGCCCCCCUCCCUCGCCCACUUUACUCAAUGACCACGACACGACGACCACGCCAUAGCACGCCUCGUCAUACGAGUGCGUGCGAACGAUGAUUGGCAUGGGAACGAUGGGUGUUAAUAGUUUCUGAAUCAAGUAUAAGCUCUGUAACUUUGCAUAAUUUAAACUUCUAUGUAACCGUUUUGGCCUGAUGAAGAGUUACCGAAAACACCUGUUUGCCAAAUUGAAUUUCCAUAUAUAUUUUAAUGUACAGAGGCACUCAAAAUUAAUAAGACAAAUACAUACUAUAUAUAUAACCUGAGGAAUAAGUGGCGAGCUAAUAUUGCAUUCGAUAACUUCUCUUUAGGCCGUGCAGGUAUAUGGGAAAUGGAUAAAGUGAUUGAAAAAAUCGAUAAAAGUUUGCUUUAAAAUACAAGUCAAGCAAUAGCGGAAGGCCGCAGAACGUUGUAUGUGUUAAGUCAAUCUUUGACCACAGUAUACGCGGGGCCUGAACGAGGUUCUUCUAGGCGCAUAGGGUCGGUUUUCGUAACCUGAUGGCGGCCGCUUCUGCUGCUGUUGACAGGCGCUGACCCAGUAGCUUAGGGUAGCUCAAGGGGAUCUUAUAAAUCAAAGGAAUUGCUUCAGAGGGAUCCAUACGAUGGCCUGAUUUCAUUGCAUCCUCAAGCAUGGCGUUGUCUAUUCUCGCAGUUUCACCUUUUGCAAGCCAUGCGGGAAGGUGCCCUCGUAUUCUCUUGGAAACGCGCCCACUCGUACGACCAACAUAACCUGCCCCACAAGAGCAAGUGAAUGAGUAGAUGCACAUUGAUGUAGUCUGAGGUGGCAGUCUAUCCUUGCCUUCCUCGCGUAAAAUAGGGUUAGUAGAGAGUGAUAUGCGAACCGUUGCUGCUUGGAAGGUUAUUGAGACAGCUAGAUCAAGGCGCCUUCUCAGUAGUUCACCUGCAUCGUCUCCUUAGAAAGGAGCGUUGAGUAACAAACUGUCUUUUCGGCUGUCAUAGUUGUGGAUUUUGUGAGUCGUUAGUUAAUGUUCUUUACAAUGAACUUGCCUGGAUACCCGUUUUCGCGAAGCAAGUCCUGGAUCUUUCUAAGUUCCUCCUUGGUAUUAGCUGUCAAGCAAAUCAUUCUAGCUUUUUUGUGCAAAACACCUGAUUAGAUUUUGUUCUCGUUGGAGGGGUACGAAAUUAACAAACUCCGUUUAUUGUCCAGACUAUAUUUUCUUCCGAUAGACGCUCCUUUAGAUGCUACCGGCAGGCCUCCUGUUUAGAGCGACAACAAGAAAGGAAGCGAACCGGUUGAAUCCAUCGCCACCGUGAAUGUGAUCGGCGGACGUGCUCGAUUUAUAGCAUUUAAGAGGGCAGCAACGUCGUUCUCUAUGGUGGCAAUUUAAAAGACAUCAUUAACGUAGAGAGUGUCAUGUUUAAGCUUUCCGAUCUAAUCAUUUAGUUUAAAUCUUGCCAGCUUGUCCAUGAAGACGUCGGCUAAGCGAGGUUCAAGAGGUGAGCCCAUAGCAACGUCGUUUAUUUAUUUAUGGAGCUGGUUGUCAAAAUGGAACUGCACAAUUAAUGUGCACCCUAGUAAUAAUUCCUUCAAUGUGUGCGUCGGAUUUCCUAUUUCUUGCUGAUGUUACCAAUAAAUUAGGUGACCGAGACUUUUGUAAAAAGUGAGGCGACGUCUAGCGAGAACAUCAUCAUGCACUUAAGGCUGAGAUCUUUAAUGUCGUCAAUGAAUUAAAAAGUAUCUCGAUAGCUGCGUGUUGCCAGCUGAUGGUGUAUGGGCUUGCGUUUCUCUGUUAUCCACUUCAUUAUCGCAUGAUACGCAAAGUUCCGCAUAUUUAUAAUCGGACCAACUGUUAAGCCUUCCUUAUGGAUCUUAGGUAAACCAUAUAUUCAAAGGAUAUGUGUGCCGACUGGCUAAAUUGUGAUCGAGGUCACGGUCACUUAUGUAACCUUCUGUGUGGAGGCUUCGUAAGUGGUCAGCCAAUUUUGCCUCUGUAUCAUCCGUGCAAUCCUUUUCUUUGUCUUCGUUUCUGAUUUUCUUCUGAUCAGGUAAUAUAGACUGUAUCUUCACUACGUAGUCCGGUCUGUACCCCGUUCCCAUAUAACCGAAAGGAACAUUAGCUUGCCACAUUGGCCUCAGAUUAUAAAUAUGGUAUGUUUUGUCUGGCUUUUUUGUAAUCUGGCCUUCAAUUUGUUGUCGUAGGCGGAAUCCAAAAGAAGCCAUCCAUGACUCUCACACUUACGUCAAAUGUAUUAUGCAGUACUGGGAAAAACACCUAUCAAUACGUGGGGAAUCAUUUUGUAUCAUGAGGAUCUGCUGGAUAAUUGCUUAACUAAUGCUAUCUGGGCGGUCAGCAUGCUAUUUGAGAUUUUUUGAAUUUCUUAUUUUAUUAUAGGCCGGACGCGCAAAUUCAUUCAGAUAG